AUGGAAUUAGAAGAAGAAACUAUCUUUACUGUUAUGGAUCUUUGUAAAUUUGGAGUUAAACAAGAAAUACAAGCACAGUAUGGAUAUGGUGAACGUGUCAGGAAAGAAAGAUCUCAGAUUUCAUUCCACUGCAAAUAUCCAAAAUGUCCUGCACAUUUUAAUGUUGCAAUCUUGGAUCAAAAUAAAUACAAACUAAUCAAAAUAGUUGAAGAACAUGAUCAUUCCGCCCCAAAUGACAAAAGUCAAUAUUCGUCUGUCUUUUAUCGCAAAUAUUUAGAACAUUACUUCCAAACAGAUGACAAUCAAAGAGCGAUAGCACAG